AUGUACACCGUUGACGACCGCUGGCCACUCGGUAGCCAACCGCUCCAUCGCCCGCCAGCCGAUCGCCGACACAUUUUACUCUUGUACCACGGUAACUUGCCUUGCUUAGCGCGGGUUAAGAAUAGAUCCAUCACGACGAUAACAAUCGCCCGCCACGAUUCCGAACUCCCGAAACGCAUACCGGAGAUCAAAUUUCUCGGUUCGGUUCCGGCUGUGGAUCCGCCAAGACGCGGUAUUACUGGAGGCUUGGAUUCUAACACGCUAGGAAAGGGGAAAAAGCCAAAAAUCUCUGUGGCGCCCAGAAUGAGCGCCCGUGGGACGUGCCUAGCAGCCUAG